AUGCAGUCGCAAGAAGCCGUCCGAUCCGAGUCCGACUCGAUACUCGAAGCGAUCGAAGUAGGCUCCGCUGACGAUGACCACGACUCCGAGUUACCUGACUUACACGACCUCGAAAAGGCUGCAACGUCGACAACACAGCACACCAAGGGAGAACCAGCCGCCCGUACGCUCACAGCUCAAGACUGGACAGGCCCCGACGACCCAGAGAAUCCUCACAAUUGGCAGCUAUGGAGACGGAAUUUUACCUUAUUUGGCAUUGCAUCUCUUGCUUUCACCGUUACUGCUGGCUCUUCCAUGAUCACACCUGCGACAUUUGAGAUUGCUGCAUACUACGGCGUUUCACGAACAGCCUCCAUUCUCUCUUUGAGUCUGUUCGUCCUCGGACUCGGUCUUGGUCCUAUGCUUGCUGCGCCGCUGUCUGAAACGUACGGUCGCUCCAUAGUGUACAAGCUCAGUGGCCCUCUCUACAUGCUCUUCAUCCUCGGUGCUGGGUUCUCCAAAAACUUCGGCGGUAUGCUAGUCUGCAGAUUGCUUGCUGGCAUUGUCGGUGGCCCUGUACUUGCUGUCGGUGGCGGUACGGUGGCAGACAUGUACACACAGAAGAACCGAGCUUUGGGAAGCGCCAUGUUCAUUAUGUCACCGUUCCUAGGGCCAGCUCUUGGGCCAGUCAUUGGCGGGUUCGCUGCGCAGUACAAGGGCUGGAAGUGGACCCAAUGGUGCACGAUCUUCAUUGCACUCGCCGCCUAUGCGUUCGUCCUGCCGAUGCCGGAAACGUACAAGAAGGUCAUCCUCAAGAGACGGGCCAAACGCCACAAUAUCCCACCACCUCCAGCUCCCGCCAUGACCACUGCCGGCUAUAUCAAGCUGCUUAUCACAAUCACGCUCGCAAGGCCGUUGGUGAUGCUCUUCACCGAACCUAUUGUGCUUUUCUUCAGCUUAUACAACGCCUUCACCUUUAGCGUCCUUUUCUCUUUCUUCGCGGCAUACCCGUACACGUUCGAGAGAGUAUACGGGUUCAACACAUGGCAGUACGGGUUAACAUUCCUCGGUAUCGGCGUGGGUGUCAUCUUAGCUGUUGUCACCCUAAUUUUGGUUGAUCGCUUGGUGUAUACGCCCUUGCAUCUACAAGGGGUGAAGGAAGGCAAGCAGAACAUUGCGCCCGAGCACCGGUUGUACGCAGCUAUGGCUGGUGCCUUCGGCAUUCCGGUCGGUCUGUUCUGGUUUGCGUGGACCGCUCGUCGCUCGGUACACUGGAUCUCGCCAGUAAUAGCGGGUAUGCCUUUCGCUUGGGGCAAUGCCGCCGUCUUCAUAUCCGUCGCGACCUACCUUGUCGACGUGUACGGCCCUCUGAACGGAGCUUCCGCACUUGCGGCGAACGGUUUGGCCCGCUAUACCAUGGGUGCGGUGUUCCCCCUGUUCACUGUACAGAUGUAUUCCACUCUCGGCAUUGGGUGGGCCACGAGUCUGCUCGCUUUCGUGAGCGUGGCCAUGCUACCGAUCCCGUUUGUCUUCUUCAGGUUCGGGCCUAAGAUCAGGGAUAUGAGCAAAUACAGCAUGACCGCCCAACAGAAGAAAUGA